AUGUCAACCAAACCUGACGUUUCAUCGCCGUUGGUGCAGCAGACGGCGUGGCAGAGGCUCUGUGUCUCUGACCUUGACCGCCUCUACCCUCUUCUUGCCGCCUAUAUCCAGCAACCCUCACUCGCAGAAUCUGUCACAGAGCUAGUCAUGGACUUUUCCUCGGCGGAGUAUUGCUUGCCAAACGAUUACCCUCCCGAUGAGCCCGCAGAGUCUAGCUUGGGAGUGGCUGGCGAUCUGGUGCGUGAGCAUGUGUGUAGCCUUGGCCUUGGUGAUAGAGAGACCAAGGCAAUGCUGCACGUACUACGACUGUGGACGAACCGGCGAGAGACGCCCCGCGACUGGCAGCCAGGGGAUGUACCCUCUGAGCCCCGUUACCUUCAUGGCGAGUUCGCUGGGCUCUCGGCCAUUGUCCUGCUCAGCCUUUGCAAGAAUUUAUCCACCUUGCACAUAGCGCAACGGAUGUCAGGUUUCAGCCCCAUGUUGGAGGAUUAUUUUCUCAAGUCCAACUAUGGCCUACUGCAGGCACCAGGCCUACAGAAUCUGAAGAAAGUCGAGGUCUUGCCGGGAGAGUGGUGGAAUGCAGAGACAGUUUACGGCCAGCUGGAGUUCCUCAGGCUUUUCCAGUAUUUCCACCGCCUUCCGGCAAUCAACGCAAUCUCGAUUGAUAGUUGUCAGGAGUACCAGUCCUAUCAUAUUACAUUCAUUCCGCGAACCGGAAAUAUGAAGACCCUCAAGCUGGAGCAUGUCGAUAUAGAUGACUCACUUCUUGGACUCCUUAUCAGUAUACCCAAGGUCCUGGUCGAACUCAAGGUAUCACUGGGCGGGAAGGAACAUAUAGAUGGUGGGCUCCCAACAACCCGCCCACACUCCAUCGGGAGAGCGCUCGCACAGCACAAGGAGACCAUAGCAGCACUUGAUCUGGACCUGGAUUUGUGCGUUUCGGAGCACGUUUGCAAAGGAAAAGUUCGAGAUGAUCCUGAUGACGAGGAUUCUGAUAUUGAGACAUUUGGUAGAAACUACUACAAGAUGGAUCAAGAGACCCGUCUUUUAGUUCAGAAAAUCCCGAUCGCUCUUGAGAGUUAUGGGUGGACAAUAGGCUCGCUCCAUGAUUUUACCUCUCUCAAGCACCUCAGUAUCGGGAUCUACACGCUUCUAGGCCCUCCCGAUGUACGCGGAGAGCGGCUUGCCCGCCAGCCUCCAUUUCGGCUCGUCGAUGCUUUGCCACCCAAUUUGGAGUCUUUCUGUCUGUAUGGUUACAAGAAAGGAGCAAACCAUGAUGUUGAUGAACAUGUCAACGAGUUUAUAAACAACAAAGAAGCCAGAUGCCCAAGCCUGAAGGAGGUGAGAGGGGUUGAGGAAGAGGUCCCAGGUGUGGCACAGCUGUUCCCCGAGGAUUCGUACGUGGACCGCAUGUCAUCUGGCAUGGAAGAAGAAGAAGAAGAGACUAUUCAUCAAUGGAAGACACCAGAGUUCCCCAGCGAGUGGAAGCCUGUAGAAUAA